AUGAUUUGCUUCUUUUAUAUUUUGUUAACAAUUUUCGGUUUAAUUUUGGCUGAUCCUCCAAAAUUAGACGAAAUAAAAUCAUCUCGAACCAUUAAUAAUGGAUCGAAAUUUUCAAUUUUGUGUACCAUAUUAACUGGAACAAAACCAUUCCAGUUUGAAUGGCGAUUCAAUGAUGAAUUAUUGCCCAAUCCAAGUACAGAUUAUCGAAUCGAUUCCAUUGAUGAUGAACAAUCAUUAUUCAUCAUACCUCAUGUAAAACCAAUCAAUUCGGGACAAUAUUCAUGUAUUGUUCGUAAUGAUUAUGGUUAUGAUCGGCAAUCAACUCGUUUAAUGGUUACAGGUUUGCAUUUUCAUUUACCAACAAUGUGUGGCGCGUAUUUACACUAUUUAAAAAUUUAUUAA